AGCGCAGGGGUUUGACAAAAACAAACGGCGACGCCGACGCCGUAGGGUCUAUGGCUGAGGCUGUGAGACCAACUCGCCGGGCCAAGCCCAAGGCCAGCCGGACUAAAACCAAGGAAAAGAAGAAAUAUGAAACUCCUCAAAGGGAAGAGUACGAUGAAGUCUCCCUUUCAAAAACCUGCAGAGAACUGGGAAUCCCUACUCUGGCUUGUGAAUUAAGAGGAGACCAGCUGAAGGUGUCAGCUGGUUCCGAGCUCCAGAAUGAUGCCUGUGGACAAAACGAGAGUGAAAUGUUUGAUGUACAACUCACCUCCUUAACUAUAAACAGUGAAGGGUCCCUGACAUGUAACACAGAGACCCUAAAAGAAGGGGAGGAGGUCGGAGCCUGUGUUGGGGGUGAAGAAGUCAAGCCGAAGGUUGACCCUGGAGACAAUGUUGGAACCAAAGUAGAAACUCCCAAGAACUUUACAGAAGGAGAGAAAGGUGAAGUGGUACAACGUGGACCUUCUGAAAGUACACUGCAAUCUAGUUUUUCUUAUACUCAGCAGGGAAUGGAAAAUUUACAGGCCAGAGAAACUCAGCAUAGCAAAGAUGACAAACAAGCCUUGAGUCUUUCUUCAGAGGUGCUACAAAAUGUUGGCUUGCACAGUUCUUGUGAAGCCACGGACAUUUUUCAGCCACCUAGGGUGAAAAAACUGUAUCCCCAGUUGCCAGCGGAAAUGGCUGGAGAAGUGCCCCCUUUGGUGGCAGCAAAACCCUUGCUUCGGAAUGAGCGACUCUACCCGGAGCUCCCAGCUCAGCCAGAAGUAGUACCGUUUACUAAAGAACAGCUAAAAGUCUUUGAGCCUGGUUCAUGGCUGGAAAAUGUUGAGUCAUAUUUAGAAGAAUUUGACAGCAUGGCUCAUCAGGACAGGCAUGAAUUUUAUGAGUUGCUUUUGAACUAUUCGCGAUGCAGGAAGCAGCUGCUCCUGGCUGAAGCUGAGCUAUCUGCUCUGACGUCCGAUUGCCAAAAUGCUAAAAGUCGACUGUGGCACUUUAAGGAGGAACAGUUGUCUGUACAGGGUAUCUGUGCAGAUCAAGUGAAAGUUUCAGGCUAUCAUCGCUACCAAAGAGUAGAAAUGAAUGAAAAUGCUCUGGAGGAGCUAAAGAAGCUAUUUGAUGCCAAAUCUGAGCACCUCCACCAGACUCUGGCUCUGCACUCUUACACUUCUGUGCUCUCCAGGUUGCAAGUGGAGUCUUACAUCUAUGCCUUGCUUAACAGUUCAGCUGUUCUGAGAUCUUUAGCAAUUCAUCAGCAAGGCCGAGCUUCUAAACAGGCAGAAAGCAUUCCGUCUGACCUGUGUCCACUGAAGGAGUGCAUUAGCGUCUUAUUCAUGUUCACCAGGAGACCUAACGAAGAUACUCAGUUCCAGGAUGAUAUUCUUCUCUGGCUGCAAAAAUUGGUAUCAGUGUUACAAAGAGUUGGCUGUCCUGGAGAUCACCUGUUCCUGCUAAACCAUGUUCUUCGAUGCCCAGCUGGCGUCAGUAAAUGGGCUAUUCCUUUUAUACAGAUCAAAGUGUUGAAUAACCCAUCAGGGGUCUUUCAUUUUAUGCAGUCCCUUGCCCUUCUAAUGUCUCCUGUCAAAAAUCGAGCGGAGUUCCUGUGCCACAUGAAGCCCAGUGAGGGGAAGCCGCCUUCUUCGGGGCCGGCGUCUGGGUCCUGGACGCUAGUAGAUGAAGGAGGAGAAGAGGAUGAAGACCCUGAGACCAGUUGGAGUCUCCUUAAUGAAGAUGACUUGGUUAUCCUUUUAUCACAGUUCCCAUUUCAUGAACUCUUUCAACAUCUUCUUGGGUUUAAGGCAAAAGGUGAUUAUUUACCUGAAACAACAAGACCUCAAGAGAUGAUGAAAAUUUUUGCCUUUGCUAACUCAUUAGUGGAACUUCUGGCUGUGGGGUUAGAAACCUUUAAUAGAGCACGCUAUAGGCAGUUUGUGAAGCGAAUUGGUCAUAUGAUCAGGAUGACCCUUGGUUAUGUGAGUGACCAUUGGGCACAGUAUGUGAGACACAACCAAGGUGUGGGGUUGGCCCUGGAGCCCUACUCCGUGGAGAAACUACAGGUUGAGUUUGAUGAGCUGUUUCUGAGAACUGUCCUGCACGUGCUGAAAGCCAAAAGACUUGGCAUUUGGCUGUUUAUGUCAGAAAUGCCUUUUGGAACACUGUCGGUCCCGAUGCUCUGGAAGCUCUUCUACCUCAUGCACCAGGUGGAGAGCGGGAACCUGGAGACUCUCUGCACUGCCCUCCCGCCAGCAGAGUGCAAGAAGCAACUCCAAGACCCAGAACAUUUUGUGAACUUUGAGAAGUGUCUUUCUUCCAUGAAUAGCUCGGAAGAGAUUUGCCUUCUGACUGCAUUUGCUCAGAUGGCUCAGGCCAGAAGAACCAAUGUGGAUGAAGACUUCAUAAAAAUUAUUGUUCUGGAGAUAUAUGAGGUAUCUUAUGUUACCUUGUCCACCAGAGAGACUUUUUCAAAGGUUGGUCGAGAGCUUUUAGGGGCCAUCACAGCGGUUCACCCUAAGAUCAUUUCUCUUCUUUUGGAUAGAGUUCAAGACACCAUUGACCAGGUUGGAAUGGUGUCUUUAUACUUGUUUAAAGAACUGCCUUUGUAUCUUUGGCGACCUUCCGCCUCUGAGAUAGCCGUGAUUCGGGAUUGGUUACUAAAUUAUAACCUGACAACAGUGAAGAACAAAUUGGCUUGUAUUAUUCUGGAAGGACUCAACUGGGGAUUUAAUGUACAGGAUAUCCUUCAUCUGGAGCAAGUAGUCCAUGCUGAAGUGGCUUUAACAAUUCUCGAAGCAUACCAGAAAUACCUUGCACAGAAGCCAUAUGCUGGGCUUCUUUCUGAAAGUAUGAAGCAGGUUUCAUACUUGGCCAGUAUUGUUCGAUAUGGAGAGACACCUGAGACCUCAUUUAACCAAUGGGCCUGGAACUUGAUCUUGAGGUUAAAACUUCAUAAAAAUGAUUAUGGAAUACAGCAGAACUGUCCAGCAGUCCCCUUCUCCAGCACUGUGCCUGACAUGACCGAGUCACCCACGUUUCAUCCUCUCCUGAAGGCUGUCAAAGCGGGCAUGCCCAUUGGCUGUUAUCUGGCCUUAGCUAUGACGACGGUGGGCCACAGCAUUGAGAAGUUCUGUGCAGAAGGCAUCUCACUGUUGGGAAUUCUGGUCCAGUCGAGGCAUUUGAGAACAGUGGUCCAUGUCCUGGAUAAGAUUCUGCCUUUGUUCUACCCUUGCCAAUAUUACCUUCUGAAGAAUGAGCAGUUUUUGUCACACCUCCUUCUGUUCCUGCACUUGGACAGCGGCGUCCCUCAGGGUGUUACGCAGCAGGUCACCCACAAGGUGGCACAGCAUCUGACUGGAGCCAGCCAUGGGGACAACGUGAAACUUCUCAACAGCAUGAUCCAGGCCCACAUAGCUGUAAGCACUCAGCCCAAUGAAGUGGGCCCCAUUGCCGUAUUGGAGUUUUGGGUUCAGGCUUUGAUAAGCCAACAUCUUUGGUAUCGAGAACAACCCAUCCUCUUCCUUAUGGACCACUUGUGUAAAACAGCUUUUCAGCUGAUGCAGGAGGACUGUGUUCAGAAAUUACUCUACCAGCAACAUAAGAAUGCUUUGGGUUACCACUGUGACCGGAGUCUGCUCUCUUCCCUGGUGAGCUGGAUCGUGGCAGGCAACAUCACUCCAUCCUUCGUGGAGGGCUUGGCCAUGCCCACUCAGGUCUGGUUUGCAUGGACUGUCCUGAACAUGGAAUCCAUAUUUGAAGAAGAUUCUCAACUCCGAAGAGUUGUUGAAGGGGAACUGGUUAUAAACCCUUCUUUCACUCCUGACCAAGCUUUGAAGAAAGCCCAGGCCCAGCUGAAGCUCCCCAUCGUCCCGUCUCUCCAGAGGCUGCUGAUUUAUCGUUGGGCCCACCAGGCUCUCGUCACACCUUUUGAUCAUCCUCUUCUGCCACUCAUCUGGCAGAAGUUCUUCCUCCUGUACCUUCACCGCCCAGGGCCACAAUAUGGGUUACCCGUAGAUGGUUGUAUGGGAAGAAGGUUUUUCCAAAGCCCUGCUCAUACCAGUUUGUUGAAAGAAAUGAAGAAGCGCCUGACUGAGGUGGCUGAUUUCCACCAUGCGGCGAGCAAAGCCCUCCGUCUGCCAGCAGAGGGCAGUGAAGGGCCGCCAGCGAGCCAGACUGGUGCCCCUGGUUACCUGACUUCACCGGAACUGCACAGGGAGCUCGUGAGGCUCUUCAAUGUAUAUAUAUUAUGGCUGGAAGAUGAAACUUUUCAAAAAGGAGACACCUAUAUCCCUUCUCUACCAAAGCAUUAUGACACUCACAGGCUAGCCAAAGUGAUGCAGAAUCAACAGGAUCUGUGGAUGGAAUAUUUAAACAUGGAGCGCAUACAUUAUGAAUUUCAGGAAACCAUUGGUCUAUGGACACAGACCAAGCUUGAGUCCCAUUCUGCAGCCUGCAGUUUAUCAGUGCAGCUGGACUUUACUGAUGCUUUUCUGGCUAAAGAGAGGGUUUUAAGUAACUUGCAGAUGCACGAGGCCCCCCAGCCUCCCCUCGUUCUGCACCCAGUGAGGCCUCCUGUGCCGGUUAUUUCGUCUGCCGUGCUCCUGAGUCAGGAGGACACCACCCAGCUGGUGCGCACAGACCUGAAUCUGUUGCAACAGCAGGCCAGAACGGCUGCCCUUCGGGAAUCUCAACAGGUUGCCUUGGAUAGUGAGCUGUUGGACACAAUACCCAAACAGUAUGUUAAUCGGGAAGAACAGACCACACUACAUUUGGAGUGUAGAGGCAGUAGUGGUAAGAAAUGCCAAGGAGCAGCAGUUGUAACAGUUCAGUUUGAAGGUAUGCAUAAGAAUGAAGCAGUAAGCCAACAGCUUCGUGUUUUGCGGAAAGAAGUGAAGCAGCUGCAAGCAGAAGCUACUACACCACCACCACUUAAUGUUGUGGAAGCUGCUGUGCAUGCAGAAAACUUGAUUACGGCCUUAGUGAACGCCUACAAGUUGCAGCCUACCCCUGGGGUUCAGAAGGUUGGCAUUAGCCUCUUCUUUACUGUUGUGGAUUAUGUCAGCGAUGAGACCCAGCGCCAUCCUCCUACGAGGCAGUUCUUUACUUCAUGCAUUGAGAUUUUGGGACAGGUGUUCAUCAGCGGUACUAAGUCAGAAUGCAAAAAAGUACUUGAGACCAUUCUGAAGAACAGAAGGCUCUGCUCUCUUUUGUCUCCUUUCUUUACCCCCAAUGCUGCGCCUACAGAGUUCAUACAGCUCUAUGAGAAAGUGGUGAAGUUCCUUAGUGAGGACAACAGCGACAUGAUUUUCAUGCUGCUAACCAAGUUCCAUCUUAAGCAAUGGUUAAACGCCACUAAACCUCCUCUGUCUGAUCGUACCAGGCUUCUGGAGUCCAUUCAUUUGGCACUUACUGCCUGGGGCCUUGAACCAGAUGAAGAUAUUUUGAUGCCAUUUAAUCUUUUCUGUAAGCACUGGACUUACCUUCUUCUCUACCAGUUCCCUGACCAGUACAGUGACAUUCUCAGGCUGCUGAUGCAAAGCUCUGCUGAGCAGCUGCUGAGCCCUGAGUGCUGGAAAGCCACUCUGCGAGCCCUGGGCUGCUGCGCCCCCAACUGCCAGCAGGGGGCGGCUUCUGCUGAGAGCGCGGCGUUUCAGAGCUCCCAGGACGUUCUCUUGUCAGACAAGCAGGUAAUGGAGACUAUACAGUGGCUCUCAGACUUUUUUUAUAAGCUUCGGUUAUCCACGUUGGACUUUAAAAGUUUUGGUUUAUUCUCAAAAUGGAGUCCUUACGUGGAUGAUGUGAAGACAUUCAUGGGCUAUCUUGUAAGAAGGCUGCUUGACUCAGAAGUGGCUUGCUCUGACCAAGACCCAUCUGCCAGCAGCAAAACAGUGCUGAGAUCCUUGCAUUCAUUAAUCAUCCAACUCUUUAAGCCGUGGAUCCUGGUUUUAGAGGACAAUGAAAGCAGCCAGUGCUGUUACCCCUGGCUGGAGAGCGACACUGUGGUGGCCGCCAGCAUUGUGCAGCUGUUCACUCACUGCAUUGGCUCGCUGCAUGAGAGUUUUAAAGGGAAGCUGUUGCCAGGUGAUGCAGAAGCCCUUCGGUUACACCUGAUGCAUUAUUGUGAAGCAUGUACAGCGCCCAAAAUGCCAGAGUUCAUUCUGUACGCUCUUCAUAGUGCCUACCGGAAACUGCCGUGGAGGGACCUGCACCCCGACCAGAUGCUCAUGGAGGCCUUCUUCAAAGUGGAACGGGGAAGCCCCAAAAGCUGCUUCUUAUUUUUGGGGUCUGUCCUCUGUGAAGUCAACUGGAUCAGUGUGCUCGCUGACGCCUGGAGUCCAAGUCCCCUCCCAGAGACCCGGAGCAUGGUUGUCUGCCUCCUUUUUAUGCUGAUCUUACUGGCAAAGGAAGAUCAACUGGCUGACCAGCCGGAGUCGCCUCUGCUUAGUCUCCUUGGGCAGACAGGUUCAUUCUCAUGGCAUCUUGUGGAUACCGUGUCGUAUCAGAGCGUGCUGGGUUAUUUCAGCAGCCAUUACCAGCCAGCCAUCCUCCUGGAGAAGGAAGCUUCUGCUGAAUUAAUCGUGAAGCUCCUAAAAGUGACUGCAGGCCUCUCCGUUCCUACUGAUGGCCAGAAACAUCUUGAUGCAGUUCCAAAAUGCCGAGCCUUCAUUCAUCAGAUGGUUCAGUUCCUCAGCUCCCUGGAACAAAAUGGAAAAAUCACCUUAGCUGUUCUAGAACAGCAAAUGUCUAAGCUCUUAGAUGAUAUCAUUCUCUUUAACCCACCUGACGUGGACGGCCAGACCCGCCACAUGGCCCUCAGCAGCCUCUUCAUAGAAGUCCUAAUGAUGAUGAACAAUGCAACUAUUCCAACGGCAGAGUUCCUCCGGGGCAGUAUCCGGACCUGGAUUGAGCAGAAUGUUCACGGGCUGGCGGUGCUGCCCCUUCUCACUGCAGCCUGCCAGAGCCUGGCUUCUGUCCGCCACAUGGCUGAGACGACAGAGGCCUGCAUCACCGCCUACUUCAAAGAAGGCUCCAACAAUCAGAUUUUAGGAUGGGGCCCCAUUCUGGUGUCCCUUCAAGUUCCUGAGCUCACCAUAGAAGAAUUUCUGCAGGAAUGCCUGUCCCUUGGCAGUUACUUGACUCUUUAUGUCUACUUGCUGCAGUGUUUAAAUAGCGAACAGACGCUGAGGAAUGAGAUGAAAGUGCUGCUCAUCUUAAGCAAGUGGUUGGAACAGGUGUACCCGAGGUCUGUGCAGGAAGAGGCGAAGCUGUUUUUGUGGUGGCACCAGGUCCUCCAGCUGUCGCUGAUUCAGGCCGAGCAGAAUGAUUCGGUCUUGACAGAAUCUAUCAUUCGAAUUCUGCUCAUGCUUCAGAGCAGGCAGAACCUGCUGGCUGAGGAGAGGCUCAGCUCUGGGAUUCUGGGGGCAAUUGGGUUUGGCCGAAAAUCGCCCCUGUCUAACAGGUUCCGAGUGGUUGCCCGAGGCAUGGCCGCCUUCCUUGCAGUUCAGGUUCCUGCUGAGGAUCAGAUUCGUUUGAAGCCUAGCUCUGAAUUAUAUCUCACCCCGAAAGCUCAGCAGGCUCUGAGUGCACUUGAAUCCUUGACAUCAAGUAAGCAGUAUGUUGAAUACCAGGAUCAGAUAUCGCAAGCUGCACAGUUUAUAAAGCAUCCUGGCCAUUGCCUCCAAGAUGGAAAAAGCUUCCUGGCUCUUCUUGUUAACCAUCUCUACCCAGAAGUGCAUUAUUUGGACAAUAUACGAUAGUAACACUGAGGAUCUUGAAAAACCCAUUGCUGUUUAUGUUUACAUUUAACUUUACUGUUGCACAAGUAACUGCUCAGUUUCACUGUGGAGCUCAGUGUGGCCCAUGAGGUGGUUGACUGAGAUGUAAGUCAGAGGCACUAGAUCAUUCUAUUGUGCAUGUGUACCUGUGAGUGUGUGUGUGUCUGUGUGUGUGUUCUUAGCUCUUAAAACCUUCCGUGGACUUUUCAGUUUUUAUGUUCAUUCAACAAGAUAAAGUUACCAAGUUCCCCUUGGGGAAGAGCUACUCACAGUUGCCGAAUAUCCUAAUCAUCUCUUAAGACCCCAAGAUAGGGUUCCUUGUAGGUUUCCACUUCUGUCUUCCCCUGUUCUCUUUCAAUGUCGAGGGUCCUGUGCCAGAUCUCACUACUUUGGGAAUCAUGUAGAACCCUCACUUUUGAACUCCAUUUGUGUUUUUUCAAAAGUCAAAUAAGCUUUGAAAAGUUCUGCAUUUCUCAAAUAGAAGGAAAUAUAUCAGCUUAAAAGUAUUGUGUAUUUCUCUCAGAUGGGAGAUAAGAAUGCUGAAUUAGAGUUACUCCGUGUCUAAAAUGUGACCACUUGAUCCUGAUUAUAGUGGACAGCAGAGAUGGCGACCAGUAUAUUUCCAUCCAGCCAUGUGUCCCUCAUGGAGAGGCGCCGUCUGCGUAGGUCGGGGGCGGCUCGCUGGCAGCCUGGGGAGCCUCCUGGGCGCAGAUGUGUUUUGUUUGGUCCACAGGGGUGGAGAAUGUGAACAGGCUCGCUCUCUUCAGUUCAGUGUGGGCAUGAACUCCCUUUCAUUCCACCCCAGCCUGUUCCCCUCAUUCAUGUCACUUAUAGACCCCUGUGGACAUGUAAGUUUGCACCUCGCUAUAGCCAGCAAGUUACAUAUCUGAAGGCC